UCUCUUCCGGUCGCGGGCAGCCGGGGCGUAGAGGGCGGUCGCGACAGGCGCCGAGGCAGUGCUGAGCGACCGAGGCAGGUGAGGCGGGCGGCGGCCGGUUCACGCUACGAGGCGCUGGCGGGUCGGGCGCCGGGAACCCUCGGGUUUGCGUGCUCGCCGCCCGGCGCCAGCAGGAAUCGGCGGCUGGGCCUCGGAUCCCGGUGACAUUGAGGAUGUUGGCUACCAGAGUAUUUAACCUCAUUGGCAGGCGAGCAAUUUCCACCUCGGUGUGUGUGCGAGCACAUGGCAGCGUCGUGAAGAGUGAGGACUACGCCCUCCCGGUCUACGUCGACCGGCGCGACUACCCCUUGCCCGACGUGGCCCACGUCAAGAACCUCUCCGCCAGCCAGAAGGCCUUGAAGGAGAAGGAGAAGGCCUCCUGGAGCAGCCUCUCCAUGGAUGAGAAAGUGGAACUGUACCGCCUGAAGUUCAACGAGAGCUUCGCCGAGAUGAACAGGAGCACGAACGAGUGGAAGACGAUCGUGGGCACCGCGCUGUUCUUCAUCGGCUUCACCGCCCUCCUCCUCAUCUGGGAGAAGCACUAUGUGUACGGCCCCAUCCCGCACACCUUUGAGGAGGAGUGGGUGGCCAAGCAGACCAAGAGGAUGCUGGACAUGAAGGUGGCCCCCAUCCAGGGCUUCUCGGCCAAGUGGGACUACGACAAGAACGAGUGGAAGAAGUGAGGCCCGACCCCACCUGUCCUGUCGCCGCCCUGCAGCGCAGCGCCUUGGCUGCGCACCGUCACGUGACACGACCAGUGCUAAUAAACGAGCAGGUGACCCGAA